AUGGCCACCACGGUCAAGUUCGCGCUCCCAUCAGGGGCACAGUACUUUACACCAUUCGCUGUAUUUCCAGUGGAGAUUCGCCUCCAGAUAUGGGAGGCUGCCAUAUUCGAACCUGGCAUGCACUUUCUCAGGAUUGUGCCCAACGAAGACCAGGGCCACGUCCUCGCCCGAGUCAUCCAAGGCUCCCGUCGUUUCCUCCUUGUCAGAGCACAUCUCGCUCCCAUAUUCCCGAAUCCGAAAGCCGACAACUCACAUUACGUCGCCCUCGCAAAGGUCCUCGACACCCUUUCCAACACCUGCAGUGAGGCCAAGCGCGUGGUCCAGCGCCUUCUUCGGGACCCGGGCACACUCGAGGUCAACGGGCAGCCCAUCGCCCUGACCUCUCACGCCCAGGACAUCGUGUGCCUCGACUACCUCCCAUCGGACCUCUUCUACAGUGGGUGCCGCAUAUCACACGACUUUCGGUGUCCAGGUCUCGACAAGAUUCGCCAUCUGGCCGUCAGGUACUGCCACAAGUGGGAGACGGUGGUCUUGCUGUGUGAAGCCUGUGGCGGUUCGCACAUGCGUGAGACGACCAAGAACCACCCCGUCCACGCCUAUCAGUUCCUUGCGCGGCAGUGUCCCAACCUGGAGACGUUCUACCUCAUCGACUACUUGAUAUUGCGAAAGGAAGCAAAUGAAGCUGCGGGUCAGUUGAGCAACCUCGAUCGGAAGCCUGUCACUGGACAUUCUUCAGAUGGCCAAGUGCCUCCGCCGGUGCAAACUCGGGACCAGGAUGACUGGCUCGUCCAGUCGCGCGUAUUUGAGACUCUCGACUGGAUUCAAAAGAGCUUUCGCCGAUACGCUGUCGAGAGCACCACCACUCGCCACCGGCACAGCCGACCCCUUCAGGUCCAAUUCAAGGUCCUCUCUUGCGAAUGGGACGUUGUCCAGGCGACAGCGGCUCCGAGACCGAAGAUUGUUGCGCAGCGAAAAGGAAACAACAAGCGCAUGUUUGCCGGCGAUGCAACGGAGCCCGCCCGCAAAUCGGCCAGAUCGACCAGCAACCAGUCCAUGACUACAGUCUCUGUGCCGUGCAGUCAACGGAUGGGUUUCGUGUUCGGGCAGGGAGAGCAUCACGACUUUGUUUUCGGGAGAGGCGGUCGCCGCGGUCAGUAG